CCUUACUGUACCUACGUAGCUACAGGUUGUUUUUUUCUUCUUCUUCCGUGCUCCAUCUCUCAUAUCUAAAAGACUACCCCGUACCCAUUCAUACCCAUCCGUAUCCAUUCCGUCCAUAUCAGGCUCCUACUGCCACCGACAUUUCCAUGGACGACCUAUCUCAACCUCGAUUCCUCUCUUCGAUACCUUGGUUUGACGCAACUUAAUGUCACCCUCACCCUCUCGCUCUCCCCCACCGGCCUCGACGCCGCAGCCCGACGAGUCUCAGUUGCCAAAGGGUCAAUGUCGCUAUAUCCUCAUGAUACCUGAGCUCAAGGGUCAGCGGUGCGGCUGCAUGGGGUUCGAUCACAACAAAUCUUUACCGGGUGCCACUUGCAACUGUGGACAUCUAUCCUGCUUUCACGUCGCCAAUGCCGAUACCCCAACACCAAGCACUAACAAGUCCGAAAUCGAUGCGAUUCAACAGCGAGUACGAGCCUUGGAAGAACUCGCGAACCCACAAGACCGUGAUCGACUUUCCCAUGUUGUUCGCCGCAUCAGCGAGUUGGAAGAGACGGUCGAGAAGAACAAGGACGAAACCGAUACUGAACUCAAAGGCUCAUAUCGCAAUGCAUCUGCUGCAUGGGCGCUUGUUACACAAUUGCAGCAACACAUUAAAAGCUUGGAACAAACCCUUCGAUCACAAGGCGAACAGCUGGCAAGGACAGGAAGCGAAGUGGACGAUUUGCGUAAUCGUCAACUUGAGCUGCUAGAUAGCGACGAAUGCUUGGAAGAAAGGAUCGAGAAGUUGGAGAGUGCUGAGCCUCUAUUGUCACCUCCCCAAGACCCAGAUCCAAGCGAUGCCACCGUCAACACCUUUCAUCUCUCGCCCACAACCACUGUCCCCUCACAGCUGCCGUUGAACUCAACACACAGCUUAUCAAUAGAACCUACCGCCUCAACUGAACGCCCAAGGUCAUGGACAGUGCAUGUGUCUUUGAUGCCUUCCAAGGACACACCCUUCCCAUUUGAAAAGGAUACAACCUCAUACAAGAGAUGUCUGUCCCGUGGACUUCAUCGUAUGCUCGCAGUGGAAGGAGACGAUGCCAAGUCUGUCACAGAGGCUGUAUCACGAGCAUUUGAACCCCUGCUCAAAGGACGGCCGUGGGUUCCAUUGCAAGCAAAGCUUUGCGAUGCUGAGCGUCUACAAGGCUUGCCAAUGUUACGACCCCUGGAGCCCAGGCUUAUCCACGGUCCGUACGACCGCGCGUUCCUCAAGCAGCACUGCGCCGUACUGGAUGCUAGUGGCAAGAUGGACUCAUUAUAUAUUGCAAUGGAGCACGAUUCCUUGUCGUGGAACUUCUUGAAGAGGUCCCCAGUCUAUCUGGACGGACUAGAGUCCGCGUGGGAGCGCGAUAGCGUACUCGACAAAAAGGACGAACAAGACCCGUCGUCCAGGGAUCAUCACGGCGAUGAAGGUGACGAGUCACCGCCCGCCGGCAACAUCGUUGGAGCCUUGACAGGCCUGAAGCGUAGCAUGUCUGAGAUUUCAUGCUCGUCUCUCGAUGACACCGAAUUACCGUUGGCCAAGUUGCCACGAACAUGCAAGACGUCUCAACUCGAGAUGCGACGCGGCGUAGAAACUGCAAGGUGAUGUGCAGUAUUGGAAAACUGGAAAUGAACGACUCGGAUUUUAUCAGGGACAGGUGUAAACAUCAUGAAAGCGACUUCUUUUUUACCGGCAUACAGUGGGGCGUUCAAAUAUGUGCUUGGGCAAGUAUUGAUACCUCGGGCA